GCACAGGCGACUUUUGAAUGUGACGCCACUUCCGCACGCUGCCGCUGCAGCCGGAAGUAAAAGAAGUCAGCGGGUCACGUGGUUCCACCUGCAGGCCAAGUGAACUGUUGACUGAAGAGAUGUUCCGUCAUCUGUGCAGGACCACGGCGCGUUGGCAAGUGUGCUUGAUGUGUGGGCUGAGUUCUCCAUCCAGGUGGCACUCGUCUCGCCGCAGUGUUUUCCCGGUGCUUCGGUGCCCCCUGCUGCCAAUCCACCAGCACGUGUUUGAAGCCAACCAGCGUAACAGUCAAGCUUGCCAGCGCAGGUUCAUGGAGCUGUUGGAGCAGGCGCAACAGGGAGGUGGAACUUCCGCCGUGACCCGACACACGCAGAGGAACAGGAAGUUACUGGCGAGGGAGCGGCUGCGCCUCCUGCUGGACGACGAGGACUACCUGGAGUUCUCCCCACUUGCCGGUCUGGGUCUGCCGUACGGAGACAUUCCUUCUGCUGGCUGUUUAACGGGUGUUGGCCGAAUCAAUGGCGUGUGGUGUGUGUUUAUAGCCAAUGACGCAACAGUGAAAGGCGGGACAGCAUAUCCAAUCACAGUGAAGAAGCAGCUGCGUGCCCAAGACAUUGCAGUUCAGAACCGCCUCCCAGUCAUUUACCUGGUCGAUUCAGGGGGUGCCUUCUUGCCCUUGCAGUCUGAGAUCUUUCCAGACAAGAACCAGGGCGGACGAACGUUCUACAACGAGGCUGUUAUGUCAUCAAUGAAGAUCCCUCAGGUGGCAGUGGUGUGUGGCUCAUGCACAGCUGGUGGGGCUUACGUUCCCACCAUGGCUGAGGAGGCCGUAAUGGUCCACCGGAUUGGAACCAUCUUCCUGGGAGGGCCGCCGCUCGUGAAGGCCGCCACGGGAGAGGAGGUGACGCCGGAAGAGCUGGGGGGUGCACGGCUCCACUCACAGGUGAGCGGUUGUGUGGACCAUUUUGCUGCAGAGGAGCAUGAAGCCUUCGAGGUUGCCCGCAACAUUGUGUCCACAUUGAACUUUAGACUUUCAGCGGAUGUUAGCGAGGAGGCAGAAUCGCCAUGCUUCCAUCCAGACGAGCUGCUGGGACUGGCUCCACGCAGCUACCAGAACACACUGGACGUCAAGAUGGUCAUCAGUCGACUGACAGAUGGAAGCCGCUUCCAGGAGUUUAAAUGUCGAUACGGAACCACGCUGGUCACGGGAUUCGCAAAGAUCCACCAACAUCUGGUGGGCGUGGUGGCCAGUAACGGCCAGCUGACAUACGAAGCAGCUCUAAAGGGAACUCACUUCAUCCAACUGUGUGACCAGCGAGAUCUUCCACUGUUGUUCCUGCAGAACACCUGCCCAACACCCAGACACACACUGAACACCCAACAGGCAGAGGUCAACAGCAACUGUCUGAAGGCGCAGGGUGCCAUGAUGUCGGCGGUGGCUUGCUCCUCCGUCCCCAAAAUCACUGUUGUAAUUGGAGGCUGCCAUGGAGCUGACAGUUUUGCCAUGUGUGGACGGGCCUUCGACCCAAACUUCUUGUUCUUGUGGCCGAACGCUCGUGUAUCUCUGGUGGCGAGUACAGAUGAGGACAUGGAUGUGAAUCGUAGGCUGCAGGAGGAGAGCUCGGCCUUCUUCUCCUCUGGACGGCUUUGGGACGAUGGUGUAAUCCGGCCCCAGGACACCAGGCAGGUGAUUGGACGCUGUCUGGACAUCAUGCAGCAGCAGACAUCUGCCCAGAAACUUCCCUCACCGCUACUUCGAAUCUGAAGGCUUCCAGCAUGGAAACACAUCAGUACUCUGUCUCUGCAGCCAGCAGUUGAAGCCGUUCCAGGCCAAACACCGAUGUUGUGGCAGGACGACAGGAAGUCACAUGAGCAGUCAGACUCAGGAAGAAAAGCACCAGUUUUAAUUUACAAAAACAAUAAAUAAAAACAAGCAGGGUUAAAUAAAAGCUUUGUCUGAUUGUCGUGUCACUAAAAAGCUGGUUGUAGAUUUUACUAACAUCCUCGAGCAAGACAACAUGAAACCAGAAACAACACGCCUGACAGUCGCGAAUGAGGAAAAGGUAACAGAUCUUUAUGAGAGUGUCGCCACGUCAGGCACUCCAACACUCAGGUAGGCUAACG